CUGAUCCCUGCCUGUAAGGUGAAACCUGAACUUACACUGUCUCAGAAAACCCGUGUGCAAGUCAAGACAAGCAGACAUUGUUUUUCGACUGGGUAUCCGACAUUUAGCAGCCAGCAUUUCAUUUAGUGGACGGGAGAAAAAAGCCAUCUGGUUCCUGACAUUGAAAGCGGGCCGUAAUCAACUUCUCCGAUCCGAUUUUUGGCACCUCCUGAGGUCCGGAGGCUGAUAGGCCGGUCCCCUGGGCGAGUUUGGGCCAUGUGGAAACACUUUCAUUACUUAUGGCUUCUUGAUGGUCAACAUGAGAGAACGGUAACCAGCUUUCACUCCUAAUACGGCCUUUCAGUGAUAUUCAAACAAGAUGAGAGCUGGCCUCCAUUCAUGGGGCUCCCGUGGCACAGCUGAACCUCAAUGGACUGAUGAAUAAUGCAGGGAGUCGCUCAGUGCUUGUUGUGAUGCAAGUAAUCACGUGAACAGCAACCCCGCCCCUUACCCGGAAGUGGCACCCGAGCAAAGCAAGCAGACUAAACGCCUUCACAUGAAAACACAAGCGCCGUGGCGGAGCUCUCAUCUGGACCGGACCCGACCGGAACCGUGGAGGGGUUGGUGACAUGACGCACGUAGACCCCACCCCGACCAAACUGUGAAGCCACACUCCCGCGUCUGUCCCGAGAUGGAGAGGGUGGAGCCAGAGAGCGAGGCGGAGCCGCCCAUGCACAGCGUGCACGGCGCCAACCGGACUCGGCCGUCCUCCUACCGAGCCCUGCGGAGCGCCGUGUCCAGCCUGGCCCGCUUGGACGACUUCGCCUGCGAGAAGAUCGGCGCCGGGUUCUUCUCUGAGGUGUUCAAGGUGCAGCAUCACGUGUCGGGCCAGGUGAUGGCGCUCAAGAUGAACAUCCUGGCCAGUAACCGAGCCAACAUGCUCAGGGAGGUCCAGCUCAUGAACAGACUGUCGCACCCGAACAUCCUCAGGUUUAUUGGCGUGUGCGUCCAUGAGGGGCAACUCCACGCGCUCACUGAGUACAUCAACGGCGGCAACCUGGAGCAGCUGCUGGACGGCGACGUGUACCUGUCGUGGAGCGCGCGGCUCGCCCUGGCGCUGGACAUCGCCCGCGGCCUGCGCUACCUGCACGCCAAGGGCAUCUUCCACCGCGACCUCACCUCCAAGAACUGCCUGGUGCGCUGGGAAGGUGGCGUGUGCUCCGCCGUGGUGGGAGACUUUGGUUUGGCGGAGAAAAUACCGGAUUACAGUGAAGAAGCGGACCAGGAACCUUUGGCCGUGGUGGGCUCCCCCUACUGGAUGGCUCCGGAGGUGCUCCGUGGCGAGCUGUACAACGAAAAGGUGGACGUGUUCGCGUACGGCAUAAUCCUGUGUGAAGUCAUUGCAAGGAUACAGGCGGACCCUGACAUUUUACCACGCACCGAGGACUUUGGUCUGCAUGUGGAGGCCUUCACGCAGAUGGUCGGCGACUGCCCGGCAAACUUCCUGAAUCUGGCCAUCGUCUGCUGUAAUAUGAGAGCCGAGCAGCGUCCGUCCUUCUCCCAGAUCGCCGCCGACCUCGAGCGGACGGGACGGCAAGAAGACGAGCCGGCGGUCGGGGAGCGGCCCCCGGCUGCCGGACCCCCUUGGAGGCGUUCCCCGGGCCCGCCGUCGGACCCCCGGCUCUCUCGCAGCAAAUCGGACAUGCUGCGCCUCGCCGCCGAGCCCUCGCCGCCGCCCACGCGGGUCAACCCCUUCUCGUGCCGCGACGACCUCAAAGGAGGCAAGAUCAAACUGUACGACACCCCCAGCAAGUCGGUCAUCUCUCUCACUUUCGCGUUGCCCCCGCCGCCCGACUCCCACCGGGGCGAGCGGCCACCCGGGCAGCUUCGGCGCUGCCACUCGCUUCCGUGCACACUGCCCCCCUACCUGCCGCCCCACCUGUGUGACUGCGAGAUGCACGGUGGGGGCGACUCGGGGCUCCCCCUGUCUCUCGAACCCCUCUCUCUUGACCAAGAGAAGGGUGAGGCCGUGCCUAUGGACUGCACCAGCUCCCCAGAUACUCUCGACGGCUCCUCUUCAUCGUCUUACUCCAAGCUAUCUUCCCCUCCGACCCAUGCCUCCACCCCCUCGCAACCCUCCUCGGGGCCCUUCGCUAAUGGGUGGCUGCCUCAUUUGGACAACAGCAAAGUGGUCCUGAGGGGACCUAUGGGCUGGAGCGCCGCCCCCGCAGGCAUCAACAACAACGGUUGCCGCUCGCCUCCCAGCGAGCCCGACGCCCAAUCCCUGGACCAGGACGAGGUCCUCACUUGUCCGGGGUGCUGCCUGGCGGGCCUCCGCUUCUCUUCGGUGUGUCUCCGGAUGCCGCACAGGAACGCGUACAAAAACCUGAACGGGGACCACGCUGCCUCACGUGGGCUGCUGAGUCCCAAAAGCCUGCCGCCCUCUCCUACGCCGGCCGCCGCCCGCAUGGGGCCCCAAUAAAUCAAGCCUGGGUGAAAGCCACCUUUAAAAUUUGCACAGAUUUUAACGCAGCAAUAUACAAUGGAAUGUGGCAUAGGGGUGGAGACCUGGUAAACUUCCGGAAACUUGAGAAAAUAAGCCGUUGAAUUUAGAAAAUAUUCCAAAUUGUAAACUUUCCAUGGGAAUUCAGCGGAAUUUAUUAAAAGUGUCAUAUUCAAGUAUAGAUAUAAACAUUUUGUGAGAAGCAGACAUCCAUACAAAAAUAGAUUGCUCUCCUUGCCCACAUGCAAGCGCCAUCAUUUUUAUUUUAUUUUAUUUUUUUCUCUCCCCACAUCGAAUGACGCAGCAUCCGUAGCUUGCUCGUACCUCAAAUUUUGGCUCGCAGCACAAAGCAAAAAACCAACAAACAAAAACAACCGAACGACUGGGGCAGUUGGCAGUCGAGGCGUUUCCCCCAACUAAAUUUAACUUUUCCUUUUGAGACCCGGCCUUAAUUUUGUUCAAAUCCUGGUUUAUCCCCAGAAAUUCCCAUGGAAAGUUUCAAUGAAUUUUGCAGUCUUAUUACAAUGAACCCCGCGAGUGAAAGUCUGAGAAAUUGCCAAUAGAUGCCACAAAAUGGUGGCAAAACCCUACUUUUGUCCAAAUGGAACUCCUCAACUUAUCAACAUAGUUCCUUGACACCAAAAUGGCACAUGAUGGCACCAUAGUAAAUAGUUUUACUGCUUGGUUGAAUUUGCGCACACCCGACCGCGAACAUGCGGGUUUUACCCCCGAGUCUCGGGGUUUUGGGUUUCACUUACAUGGCACCCUCUGCUGGGUUGAGGGUGCCCCUUCCCCGCCCGGCGUGGAUAUACGCCCAACCCGUUACACAAGCAUCCAGUCCAGCAUGCAAAGGUCGUCACAUGACUCGAAACCACCGCUUUCCAUGAGGAAUGUUAAGCUUAGUAUUAUUGUUUCAACAAUCCUGUUUUUGGGAUGUUUGGUGCUGUUAAGUCUUAAGUUGUAUGGUGCACCGUGUGUGCGUGCAGAGAGAGAGAAAGUGUGUGUGUGUGUGUGUGUGUGUGUGUGUGUGUGUGUGUGUGUGUGUGUGUGUGUGUUGCCUACUGUUUAGGCUAACUUUGUUGCCCUCCAGUCUGUACUGGCACUUGGGGUUGCCACUUAAAGCACUUCAACUGAAUUCCUGCUGUUAUUGAAACGUUCAAGGGAAUGAACGGUCCGAGACCUGCUUACAA